UUGGACACACCCCUGCGCAUGUCACUGGUUAGAUGUCAUUAGUUCCGCUCGAUGCAACGUGUGAGACAAGUUGCCAAACUAGCGGUAUCUUUGAAAAACAACUGCAUAUUUCAAAGAUCCCUAAAAUUAACCCUUCAGCAAACACAUAUAUCUCCUUUCUGUGGCAUAUUCUAUUCUAAGUCAGCCUUUGCAACAAUGUCAUACAGUGUAACAGAGCGAGGAUGUCCGAAUUCUUUGGAAUACCGAAUGUUUUUCAAUGGACCAAAUGGCAAUAUCAUUUCUCCUUUCCAUGACAUCCCAUUAUUUGCUGACGCAGACAAAAAAAUUCUCAACAUGGUGGUUGAAAUUCCUAGGUGGUCUAAUGCUAAAAUGGAGAUAAAUAAAGAAGAAAAAUUAAAUCCAAUAAGACAAGAUGUAAAGAAAGGGGCACUACGCUAUGUAAAGAAUGUUUUCCCACAUCAUGGGUAUAUCUGGAACUAUGGAGCUUUCCCACAGACAUGGGAAGAUCCCGACCAUACUACAGAGGAGACAGGAACCAAGGGAGACAAAGAUCCAUUAGAUGUCUGUGAAAUAGGAUAUAAGGUACACCCAAGAGGGGCUGUGAUACAAGUGAAAGUUCUAGGUACCAUGUGUUUAGUUGAUGAAGGUGAAACAGAUUGGAAGAUAAUAGCUAUAGAUGUUACAGAUCCAUUAGCCAAAGAUUUGAAUGAUGUUGAUGAUGUAGAAAAACAUAUGCCAGGAUUUUUAAAGGCUACAAAUGAAUGGUUUGCAAUUUAUAAGAUGCCAGAUGGUAAACCACUGAAUAAUUUUGGAUUUAAUGGGGAAUGUAAAAAUAAGGCCUUUUCAGAAAAAGUGAUAAAGGAAUGUAAUGAACAAUGGCAGCGAUUAAUAGGAAAACAAGUAGAAUGUGAUGAUUUAGCAUGUGAAAACACAACGGUAGCAGGCAGUCCAUAUAAAAUAGAACAAGGUGAUGCUGAAGCAAUUGUUAAAAAGAGUGCCGAGCCAGGAUCAGAAAAAGAUAUAUCAAAUACAGUUGACAAAUGGUACUACGUAAAGUUGUGAGAGACGUUCCACAUAGUUGUAACAGUUAGCCCAUUCUUAUCUCUACUUAUAUUAAUUUGUCAAACUAGUAACAUAUCUGUGGAUUUAGUUGUGAACAUUUUAUCUAUAUUAAUUUGUCAUUUUGAUUUAUAUUUAGCAAUUACUUUUUUUUUGGAAAUUUUACAAUUUUUCAGCCACAUGACAACUUAUUUAGCAUUAGAUCAUUAAUGUCUGUUAGUGUUUGUCUAGAUAUAUUGUUAAUUUUGUGAGGGUUAUGUAUGUAUGCAGUGUUAUGUGUAAUCAAAAAACAUUCCUUACCAAAAAAAUUCAAAUUGAAACUUGAUCAUGUGUAUACUUUAAAUAGGAAUGUUUUGUAUUAAGAAAUCCUUUCUUAUAUGUAAUCUUAAAAGGACCCACCAAAACUGCAGCAUUAUUUUACUGAUUUUUAUGGAAAGCAUAAUUUGUUAUUGAUUAUAUCAAAACAAUGUCAUUUAAUAGUAUGCAGUAUAAAGGAAGAGAGUAUUUAUAUAUUUAUCCUACAUUAUUUCUUAAUAGAUUUCAAUUUUGUUAUAGGUUUGUAGUAUGAUAAUGUUUUAGAAGAGAUUUAAAAUGGAGUCUGUAUGAGUUUAAAAUUUACCUUUAAUUUAUUGGCCAAAAAGUAUAUUGCAUAUGAUUUUAAAUGCUGGAACUAAAUCAAUUUCUUUAUAAUCAAACAUUCUUAUCUUUUAACUUAUUAGAUUGGUAAUUUAUUGUAUACCUUCAAUGACUGCAAACUGGAAUGUAAAAAAACAGAUUAAUGAACAUUGAUGUGAUAAAUUUUCAAUUUGUUCAUAAAAUAUGAAAUAAGAGGCUUUAUGUCACAUUUAAACAUUGUCUCUGUGUACAGAAUAAAUGUUAAAACCCAUAUAUUUCAGAUGAUAGAAAUUUAGAUAUGCAAGAAGCUUGACAAUUGAGUCAUAUGUAUAUUGCAUUUAGAGGGGGAAAGUUACGUCUCUUCUAUUGUAUGGUAGAUUUGGGAAAUGAUUUUUUUUUUUAAUAUCUUAAGAUUGGACAUUAUACCAAUAAUAUGAAAAUUAUGAAUGUUUCAAAUACAAAAACUACAUACAGUAAUAUAUUUUGUGUAAAGUGCCUUUAUAAUGGUAGUCUUUUCAGCUUACAGUGAAGAGUCACAAUGAAUUGUUGAAUGAUUAAAUAAUACUAUAUUUAUAAUUAAGUGAUUUUGUCUGUUUUGACUAAUUUUUAUGCUCAAUAUAUGGAAAAUUAAAGAUCUUUGAAGUUUGGUAA